UCGAAGGCCGGGUUAGCCUCGAGUCAUCGGUAGUCAUUGUCAUAACCUGUGAAUAUUUUCGAUUUUACUUUCGUGCGACAGAAAUUUAAGGCAAUAUUUGGUAUAGACGUGGGGUGUAUUACACAUCUUGUGGUUUGCAUCUCUGGCAACUGACAAAAUAUUCACAAACCGGUUAUUAUCAAGUGAGAUACUAAGUGCCUUGAAGUCUGGCCCUAUAUCAAGAAAGUAUUGUCAAUGAAAUAUUGCCACCAACGUAUAUAUCCUGUUGAAAAUGGGGCAAAGUUGAAAAGGCAAUACAAACAAUUACUCGGAAUAAAUUGUAGCUGAUUCUCGCCUCGCAAAUCGUCGCGAUGGAAAACGGAAAAGCAUUCGUUGUAAAGCUGGAAAAAGCGACGGAAAAACCCAGCCAGCUUUGUCGUCCAAUGCCAUGCAUGCCUGCCCACUCAACAAGUGGUCCUGUUCGAUCAACUUCAAAGGCCUCCCUUGGAAGCACCCUUGAGAGAGAAGCUGAACCUGCGAAACCAUCAGCAACGGCAGGAAGCAAGUGGAAUAUUGUACGAAGUAAAAUUAAGAAAGGCACAGAAGAAUUCUUUUGCCUUUGUGAAGAUGAUCAGAAACGACAGUUGUUGGAACAGAAAUGGAUGGCCCGCCGCAAUCGGUAUUGCAGCAAGCGAUACGGCCCACUAAACACCAGCCAAUUGGGUGGGGAUGCCACGCCCAGAUUCCCAAGUAUCAGCAGCGGGCGAAGCCAGCAAAAUGUGUUUACUACAGUCAUGUCUGUGAGCCCAGGUCAGCCUGGACCACCGGUGUUGGAAAGGACAAAAAGUAGGAAAGAAUCUGUGGCUUCAAUGGCAUGGCAGGGCCUUAAAAACAGAAUCAUAGGUGGAGAUUUCUCAUCUGCGAUGUCGCACGGUGAAAUGAUUGGCAAAGGUCGGAGUUUCGCACCAGCGACUUUGGCUCAUCUAGUUCAUGAUGAAGAAGACGGUGUAUUUGAAAGCGCUCCAAACAGUCCUCGGUCUUUCAGAGCUGAUAUAGAUGACGAAGUCUUCUUUGAUUUCAUUGGCGGAGCUCCAGGCUCGACCCAGUCUUCUCUUCCUGCGAUCAGAGAAGAUGACGAGAUCGAUGCUCCACGCGAGCAUGCUUCGCCAAAAAUCGACAUUACACCGGAACUUCCCGAAAAACUCCGACUGGAAAAACCCGACGAGAGUCCCCCUCCUCCGCUACCGGAGAAGAAAAGGAUUGGUAGACCACCGGAAGAAAGGGUACCAUUACCGUUCGUUGAACCCUCGGACAGUCGACCCCGCUUAAACCGGCAAAUUAGCACCGCCAGUCAACGUGGUAACAGGAUUAUCCGAUUACCUGUGGCUCCGGUACCGUCCGGAAAUCGUCGCGAAAUUGGGAAGGGUCUAGUUGGACGAUGGUUGAACAGAACGAUCAAGAGAAAACGCCUGACCAGCUCCGUCAAAAAACAACUGGACAGUAUGGAAGACCAUAGACCAUAUUUCACAUACUGGAUCUCAUUUGUCCAAACAAGCAUUCUCAUCAUCACCCUGGCUGUCUAUGGUUUUGCCCCAGUCGGUUUGACCGUGUCCGAAGAAGUAGCGAGGGUUCACAGAAGUCGUGGCGGGUAUUUAACUGAAGAGAAAGUGAGCACUAAGACUCCUGAUAAUUUCUGGAUUGGCUUAUCGAGGGACGCCCUGAUUCAACUUGGAGCCAAAUACGCGCCUUGCAUGAGAAAAGACAAGGAAUUGCAGCGCAUGCUGGACAGGGAGAGAAAGGAGGAAGCCGAAACUGGCUGCUGCAUUGGAACAGAUCAAAAUGGUUGCAUACAGACAUCACAAGAGAUGUGCAAGAAAACAUUUUCUACGCUGUACAAGUACAGAAGGGACAAUAAAUCCAGAGCUGUCUGUGGGCAAGACCCGAUCGAUUGUGUGGAUCCGCCAUCCGUUGAGCCAAACAAAUGGUCUCCUAAUGAUAUUACCGAGUGGCCGAUUUGUAAAAGACUGACACAGGAGUCGAGGAACAACACGAAUAAGAAGCCAGAUCACUUAAACUGCAAAAUAACCGGUCGGCCAUGUUGUAUUCGUGAUCAGGCUGAAUGUCGCAUCAUCAGUCGUGAAUACUGCGAGUUUUUGAACGGUGUUUAUCACGACGAGGCGACUCUCUGCUCACAGGUCGAUUGUCUCGGAACAACGUGUGGUCUUCUUCCUUUUCUUCAUCCAGAAACGCCUGACCAGAUCUACAGAUUAUGGCUGUCGCUGUUUUUACAUGCUGGGAUACUUCAUCUACUUAUCACUCUCAUAUUUCACUUCACGAUUCUCAAAGACAUGGAGAAAAUGGCGGGCUGGCUUAGGAUUGCGAUAAUCUAUAUCUUCAGUGGAAUUGGAGGAAAUCUCUUGAGUGCCAUCAUAACACCCUACCAACCCGAGGUUGGACCCUCAGGCGCAUUAUUUGGAAUCAUCGCUUGCCUUCUUGUCGAGCUUGUUCAGAACUGGCAAAUGAUCAAAGAGCCCUGGUCAAGCGUCUUGAAGCUUGGCAUCCUGACGUUCCUCUUGGUCAUAUUCGGUUGCCUACCCUGGGUGGAUAACUUCGCCCAUCUGGGAGGCCUAAUGUUUGGAACCCUUUUGGGUUUUGCAUUCCUACCUUACAUUACCUUCGGAGAAUGGGACAGGCGACGAAAAUUGAUUCAAAUUGUGGUGUCCAUCGGGCUGACUGUAGCCAUAUUUAUUGUGCUGUGUAUCGUAUUCUUCGUUGACCAGGAGUCCACCUGUUCCGGGUGCCAUUACAUAAAUUGCAUUCCUUUUAAGGAGGAUUUCUGUUCUCCUUCGCUGAGCGGUCGGGGCCUAAGUCCUAGAGUUACAUCUUGAUACCCGAGGGUUGAUAAUGUGAACACGAAUGGAUGUAGCUGACAUUGGUAGAUGGAGGUGGAUAAACGCAGUACACAUUAGGAUAACAGUUGAUAUUUGGGUAUUGCAAAUUGUGGAUUCAAGAGGCAGGAGCACAGUGAUUAAGUAGGGUAACGGUUGAUAUUUAGGUAUACUGAAGGACAGACAUUGUGUCCUCUCUAGGGAAACCGUUGGUAUUUGGGUACUAUAAAUGAUGAAAUACAGGUCACAGAUAGAUGAAGGGAACAAAGAGUGUGACCGCAUCGCACACCUGGUGGUUUUAGCCGGCCGGCUGUUUCCCGUCGUGUGCGGCCACAGUAGGGGGUUACGUAACUGAGCAUUUGUUUACAAAUGAUCUUAAGUACGUUGUUUGCACAGAUUAGACUGUUAUAACAUAGGAUAUUUAUUUUUUGGCGAGCAAACCGUAUACACAGCUGAAGGGAAGUUACCGGAUGGAAUGUCCAAAUCACUUCGAAUGCAAACUAAAAUAUUUUGAUUUUUGAGAUUUAAAAGCUUCCGUUCAUAGGAAAAACAUAAUAUGAAUAACUAACCUCGCCUCGUUUUUUACUGAGCGAAAUUGUUCAACCGUCGCGAAGUAUCAUGAUUUGUCAGCGAAAAAUUUUGCCGCUGCGUUCUUUUAAAGCGAACAUAUUCGUUUUAAUACUGGUGACCGUGCUUGAAAAGUGUCAAUCUGAAUUUCGUAUUUCAACGCAUGUUAAUUACGUGACCGCAGUCAAUAAAAUCUAUUAACAUGCGUUAAAAUAGCCUUUGUUUUUUAUCGACUUAUAAGCUAUUCUUACGUAAUUCAAAUGCGAAAGUUCAAGUCGGUUAAAAAAAUUUAACCCUAAGUACAACUUUCAUUCUUGCUAGUUAGUUUAAACGCAUUUGGACGACCCCUUCGAAAUGUUAAGACUGAAAAACUAUGCGAUAAGCCUUUCUGUCACACAAUUCUAUGCAGGAAGGGUUGUUACGUACGGAUUUGACCUUCAGACAUGCGUGUCUGACGUCAAAUUUGGAUUGCGCGUAAUUUUUGACCGAUUUUACAACCAACAAACGGUAUACGUUUUGAAUCGCUUUCCACUUUAUUUUCUAACCUGAAAAAUAACACCACGCAGCUGAAUUCAAUCACAAUAAUUAAAGUAAUUAAAAUAAUGUUGCGUCUGGCUGGAUUUAAACACUCCCUAAUCUUAUAAUAUUUGUAUGUAAUGUUUACAUUUUUAACUGUAUAAUAGCUUACAUCAUGUGUUGUUUUUCUAAUGAAAA